AUGGGCUUCCGUGACGGGCAGGGUCAGAGAAGCGGUUACGGCGUGAUGCAAGUGGGAGAUGGCACAACAUAUACAGGCCAGUGGUGCGGAAGCAAGCGAGAAGGCUACGGGACCCUCUUUUUCAAAGGUGGUGUGUUUGAAGGUCAAUGGCUUCAAGGCAGCGCACAUGGCAAAGGAGCUAUUCACUUUCAAAACGGAGACACCUUUGAAGGAACAUAUGCUCAUAACAAGAAGGCUGGUCCUGGAGUCUACACGUGGGCUGAUGGCACCAAAGAGUCAGGAGAGUAUGUUGCGGGUCAGAAGGACGGUACCCACUUGUGGUGUUCUGGCAACGAGUCUUGGGAAGUUGUGUACGAGAAGGGAAGCCUGGUGGCCACACGGCGGCUGGAGAGUGGCCCAGCACAAGGUGCUGAAGCGGACGCGAAGCUGCCUCCACCUCCGCAGUCGACCCAAGCACCCGAAGAGCAAGAGAACGAAGCGCCGAGACAGGUUCCCGACAAGGCGCGGCCGCUUCCGAGGCCCACCCCACCACCGAGUCCACCGGCCAAGGCCAUGAGCCUUCCCAGCAACCGCUGCCGGUCUGACAGCGCCUUCCGAGCACAGGGCUUCACAGACGCAGAGAUCGCUCUCAUCGAGCGCCGGAGUCCACCAAGCUCACCAGCAGCGCCAGACAGCAGAGCUGCACAGCCUGGCGGCUGCAGUGCCAGAGCAUCCCGGCUGAUGAUGGAGUCUGUGCUUCGCGCUAGUUUUAGUCUUUCGCGCAAGACCUACCUGGCGCCUUGA